AUGCCUAUAAUUAUCGCUUUGGUACUUUGCGAAUAAUUCAUGUUAGCUAUUGGAAUGGAUCCUCGAGCUUCUGAGUAUGCUGGACUUUAUACCUACCUUCUUAUACCUGCAAUGUUCUUUCAUUCAUAAUUUGACGCUACAAGGCAAUAUCUCAAUGCUCUAAAUAAGUCAGAGGUAGUAAUGUACAUUAUGAUCAUUACAUCAGGACUUCAUUUAGUAUGGUGCUAUCUACUUACUAGUGUUUGGAAACUUGACGUUGUUGGAGUCUCACUCGCUACCUUAAUUACCUUCUUCCUUAAUUUCUUUAUUGUUACAAUUUACUGCAAACGCAAUAAGGAAGUCAGAAAAAGCUUCUUUUUCCCAACAAAAGAAUCUUUCCAAAAGCUAGGGGAAUAUCUUUAAAUUGGAAUUCCCUCAUGUUGCAUGCUUUGUCUUGAAUGGUGGAGCUUUGAAGUUCUUGCCAUAAUGGCUGGUUAUAUUAGUGUAGAUGCAACUGGAGCUCAUGUAAUUAUCAUUAAUACUCAUGUAGUCAUCAUUAUGGCACCUCUUGGAGCUUAAGUUGCUACUAUUGUUUGUGUUGGAUAAGCAAUGGGAGAAGGACAUGCUAGCAAAGCUGUAAGCUAUUUUAGACUAGUAGCUUUAUACAGUUUAAUGCUCAAUAUUACUUUGGGAACUGUGAUCUUUUUCACCAGGGAAUCAAUUGCUAGAAUAUUUACGACAUCAGAAAACUUGAUACCAAUGAUAAUGGAUGGCUAUUCAGUUUUGAUACUUAUAUUACUCCUUCAUGGAAUGGCAAUGGUAUAAGCUGGAGCAGUGAGGGGACUUGGAAAACUUAAUUUAGCAACAUGGAUGGUCUUCUUCUCAUUUUAUAUUGUUUCUUUGCCAGGUGCUUACAUUUUUGCCUUUAAACUAGAUUGGGGAAUGGUUGGGCUCUGGUGGGGCAUUGUUGUCGGCUCAAUCAGUGAAGUCGUUCUUUAUGCAUUUUUCUUAAGAUUUUUAUGUGAUUGGAAAAGAUUAGCCAUUGAAAUAUCGGAAUAAAUGAGGAUGUCUCCAAAUAUUUCAUACAGGAAAAACAUAGAUCAAAUUCAUGAGCCCUUAAUAAAACAAUGUGAUAUUUCAAAUCAUGAAAUAACUAUUAAAACAAGAGAAAACUGA